AUGCCAGGGGAUUCAAGGAAAGAAUACCUGUUGGCAACAACAGCCAACUAUUUUGGUGUGCCACCCACAGAUGGCGUCAUCACAACUCUUGGGGAUACUCCUUCAAUGAAUAGUUUCCUAGAUGAUGGAAACGUUCCAGUAUUGGUGGCACGACCAGAUGCUCGUACCAGUGGGAGACGUCUGCUUCUUUCAAACAAGAUUGAACCCAAUGAUCAGAAAGAAAAGGUGAUAGUUUUCUUUAAAAUCCGUCCUGAUGUGAUUACGCCCGAUGACCUACAUACAAACAUCAUUGUGUCUACAAUGGUAGACUCCCCACUCAGCACUCUCUACCAUGCUGUCCAGAAGGUUUACGCUCCUCUUCUUCUUGAAGAUGGUAAAUGGAGUCGCAAUCUUGACCCGAAACUGCAGAGCUUGAUAAGCGAGCUGGAGGCAGGACUGGGGAGUGCUAUCAGGAAGCAAGAUGCUUCCUUCAGUGGCAAAUCAAAGGAUGGUGACAACUUGGGAUCUAUCCUGAGUCCUUCGGAUGAGUUUCAGUACUGGGCAGAUCAGGCUAGAAGUAGUGAACGGGCAGCUAACUUUGUAGACUUGUUCAAGCCAAUUUCUAAAGAGUUUGGGGGAUUAGAUGCCAUGGGACUCCAGGAUGUAAUGGAACUGGUAGAAAUCACACAAGAUACACUGGAUGAAGUUUGGAAAGGAGAAGACAGAAACCCAUACCCAGAGGAUAGAAUGAAACAUCUUAUGGACAUCAUAGGAGGUUCCCUGGGGCGGUAUGUCCAGAGAAAGCUGGCAGAAGAAGACCUUUGGCAGGGUGAUUACGGACAAGUCAAGGAAUCUCUAAGGUCAGGUGUAGCCAUUUGUGAACGCUUUGUUGGAGUGUGUGAAACCUUGACCACUCAAUUCUGGAAGAACUUUCGUCCAAAUCCCUGGAAAGGAGAACGAUUCACACCUGAGAACCUUAAAAAGCUGGCACAGAGAUUAGAAGAGAUUUUGACACUGAGGAUUGUCCAUGAACAGCAAGUACAGUUGUUGAGCUCCCAGGAGCAGAAAGAACUUCGUACGACUGAUGCCUUCUCCCCGUUCGUAGGCUUGAACCCCCUUCAGUACAACCCCUACACCAUGCCACUCUGGAAUGCUGCUGUUGCUCAAUAUGAUAAAAUCAUGUCGCCUGUUGAACAGAAAAUAGCAGGCAAACUGAGAAGCCAAGUAAAGGCUCUUGAAGGUUACCCACAACAGUUGUUGAGAGAGUUUCAGCGGUACAAGGAACUCAUCAAGAGACCGAAUAUCAACAAAGAAAUGGUGUCAGAAAGAGAGACACUGCUGGGCCAACUGAAUGUCAAUGUUAAAGAGGUGGAGAAUGAUUUCCAGAAACGUACUGGACAACGGCCGGGAGGCAAAGGAGUUCCUAAGGGCAAGAAUUUGCCAGAGAUUGUUAACAACAUGGUAUUUGUUAGGCAACUUGAGGCACGGGUUGAAGAAACCAUUAAGACAGCUGAGACCUUACUUGGAGAUCUCUCUGGGUUUAAGAAGUUCAGGAAGGAUGCACAGGAGCUUCAGGACGAGUUACUGAACUGGCGAACAGAGACUUAUGAUGACUGGACACGUGAUAUGCUUGACCGCAUCAAUGACACCAGGGAACCACUCAGCUUGGAAACUAAUGGCCGUCUCAUGGAAUUGAACCACAACACUGGUAAACUGAGAGUAAACUAUGGCGACCGCCUGGUGACCUUGAUGAGAGAGGUCAGACAACUUGGCUCCAUGGGAUUUGUUAUUCCUGCCAAGAUCAUGCAUGUAUCGAACACGGCACAGAAGUUUUACAGGCAUGGUGUUGUACUCAAACAGGUGGCCCAUUUCUACAAUACCAUCGACCAACAGAUGAUAACAAGCCAACAGGCUAUGAUGUUGAACUCUGCCCUCGCAUUCGAGAAACUUGUCAAAAACCCAAAGUCUGGGAGUAAAUCUAAGGGAGAGAAUGUGGAGAUCACCUGGGACAAUCCAGAUGAGCUUGACCAUUACAUCAAGAAGCUGCAAAAGGCAGCUGAGAGGCUGACCACUGAGAAUCGUCGACUGAGGAAAUCUCACAACACUGUCUGUGAUAAGACCCAACAGCUGAUGGGCAUUGACUUGCUGAGACAACAACAGAAAUGGAAAGAUGGACUGAUGGACAUUCGCCAUCUCAUGGCCAGUCUUGUCCAACAGGGCUUUUCUUCGGACAAUAUGAAGCCAUGGAAGGCUCACUGGGACAGACAGCUGUACAAGGCACUGGAACACCAAUACCAAAUGGGACUUGAGGCCUUGAACGAAAACCUACCUGAGAUCAAGGUUGAGCUGACUUUUAGACAACAGCAGCUGCAGUUCCGUCCGCCCUUUGAGGAGAUCAAGGCCAAAUAUUUCCGUGAGAUGAAGCGUUUCAUCAGCAUCCCUAACCACUUCAAGGGCGUAGGGGACGAGGCUACAAACCUCAUAUUCCCCGCGAUCAUCGAUCGCAAUGCUGAAGGCUUCAUAACAUGCUACAGGAAAGCAGACGUCUUGUUUAAACGUCUGUAUGCUGCUCAGGAACAAUUCAAGGAAUGGGUGGUCCUAGGGGCUAUAGACCUUGAUCAGUUUGUGGAGGAUAAUCUAAAGGAGCUUUCAGACUGGGAGAGAAACUUCAAGGGACUCAAGGCACGAGGCAGGGAUGCAGAAAAACUGCCAAAUCAGUUGAAGAUUGACUGUCUGACCGUCAACACAACUCCAGUGAAAGCAGUCAUUGAUGACCACAUACAGCGACUGUUCGAUGCCCUCGUCAACUCCCUACGAAAAGCUAUUAACAGUGACGUGACCACCAUCGACACCUUCCUCAAAGGUGCCAUGGAAACGCUGUCCAACAGACCACAGACAGUGGAGGAGAUAGGUGUCGCUAAUGCAAAGCACGCUGAAUUCGCCAAAGAGCGAAAAGAGGUUCAGCCACUGUUUGAGCGUGCAGACUUGAAGAACAAACUGCUGCGGUCAGUGGCAGGAGGUGGUGUAGACUCCUUAAACCAGCUACAGGGAUUCUGGGAUAAGUUUGAACUUAUGAUGGAGAGUCACCAGCUGAUGGUCAAGGAGCAGGUGGAUGUGAUGAAGAGCAAUGUAGACUCGCGUGUAAAGGCCUUCACACAGGAGGUGGAGAAGUUUGCUGCCAGAUGGCACCAGCUGAAACCAGGAGAUGAUGCUCUAGAUGGGAACCAGAAGAAAUGUGAAGCUGCUAUGCAGAUCAUCAAAGACAAGCGAGAAGAGUUUGCUGAACUGGAGAAAAAUAGGCAGUCUCUAGUUAAUGACUGCGAACAUUUUGGGAUGGAUCUGCCUGAGAUGGAACUUGCAGAUGAGCUCCGAGCUGACAUGGCUCAAUACGAGAGCAUGUGGGGCUUGUAUGAAGAGUUCAACAAGGGCUUACAAGAGCUUGCAAAGGAGGAUUGGAUCUCCUUCAGGAGUAGGACAUACAUGUUUGAAGAAUUCCUCAGCAACUGGUAUGAGAAGCUCAAAUCUGAUGAAGCAACAACGAUGACUGUCAAGCUUCAGAAAGACAUAGAAAAAUACAAGAAUGUGUUGCCAGUUCUGAAGUGGGUCCGUGGUGAGCCUCUCUCCCAGGAUCACUGGAUGGAGCUUUUCCAGAUGCUUGGAAUGCCCCGUGGUACAACGCUGGAAAAACUGAACUUUGGAACUGUCCUCGGGGCUAGUGAUGCUAUCAUUGCAAAUGCAGAUGCUGUGAAGGAACUGAACCAGAGAGCCCAAGGGGAGGUAACUAUAAGAGAGGCCAUCCGUGAGCUUGACUUGUGGGGUGCUGGGGCUGUCUUCACCCUCACAGAGUAUGAGGACAGCAAUAAAAACAGCAUGAUGCUCAUCAAAGACUGGAAGGAUCUUGUGAACCAGGUAGGAGACAACCAGGCCCUGCUCCAGUCCCUGAAAGACUCCCCCUAUUACAAGAGUUUUGAGGACAAAGCAUCAGUAUGGGAACAGCGUUUGGCUGACCUGGAUGAAUACCUACACAAUCUUAACCAGAUCCAGAGAAAGUGGGUCUACCUUGAGCCCAUAUUUGGGCGUGGAGCUCUCCCGAAGGAACAGGGACGCUUUAAGAGAGUGGAUGAUGACUUCAGAAACAUCAUGAUGGAUGUAAGAAGAGAUAAUCGGGUUGUUUCAAUGACCCAGAAAGCUGGUCUGCGCAAUCUCCUUACCACUAUGCUUGACCAGCUACAGAGAUGCCAGAAGUCCCUCAACGAGUUCCUUGAGGAAAAAAGAUCCCUGUUUCCACGAUUCUACUUCAUUGGAGACGACGAUCUUCUGGAAAUCCUCGGCCAGUCAACAAAUCCCAGUGUAAUUCAGACACACUUGAAGAAGCUGUUUGCGGGGAUCCACUCUGUGGAUUUUGAUGAAAACAGCCAACAUAUUCUGGCCAUGAAGUCACUGGAGGGUGAAGUUGUGCCGUUGAAGAAGAAAGUCAAGAUAAUGCCGGAAGUGGAAGUAUGGCUGAGCAAACUUGCUGAGGAGAUGAAAGCAACAUUACAAGAGCUUCUCCGUGAGUGUCUACAGGACUCAAAAAAGAGCCAAGGAGGGCUUGAUCCAAGCAAAUACCCUUCACAGGUGCUGUGUCUGGCUGAACAAAUCCGAUUCACCGAGUCGUGCGAGAAUGCAAUUAGCAAGGGCAACCUACCUGGUUACCAGCGGGAGCUGGAGGCACAACUUGAGUCAUACACCAGUGUGGACUUGAGUGAGGAAAGUGGGGUCGAAGGUCAUGUCCUUGACCUUAAACUCAAAGCCCUGAUUCUGGACACGAUUCAUGCCAUAGAUGUGGUACAACAGCUGACCAAGCAGGGCUGUCGCAAUAUCCAGGAUUGGAUGUGGAACAAACAGCUCAGGUUUUACCUGAAGCGGGAUGGUACGUGUGGCAUCAGAAUGGUGGACGCAGAGUUUGACUAUACGUAUGAGUACCAGGGCAACGCCCAGAAGCUGGUACACACCCCUCUUACUGACAAAUGCUACCUUACUCUAACACAGGGUAUGCAUAUGGGGUUGGGAGGAAACCCCUAUGGUCCUGCUGGUACAGGUAAAACAGAAUCAGUGAAGGCCAUUGGAGGACUGUUUGGACGACAAGUGCUUGUAUUUAACUGUGAUGAGGGUAUCGAUGUAAAAUCGAUGGGCCGUAUCUUUAUUGGUCUGGUGAAGUGUGGUGCGUGGGGAUGUUUUGACGAGUUUAAUCGUCUAGAGGAAGCUGUGUUGUCUGCGGUAUCCAUGCAGAUCCAGAUAAUCCAGGACAGUAUCAAAAACAGGGUACCCUUCGCAGAGCUUCUCGGCAGAAAUGUUGACAUCGACCACAACUCCGGCAUCUUCAUCACCAUGAACCCAGCAGGAAAGGGAUACGGAGGUAGACAGAAACUCCCCGACAAUCUCAAACAGCUGUUCCGUCCUGUAGCCAUGUCUAGGCCAGACAAUGAACAGAUUGCUGAGGUCAUUCUUUUCUCAGAAGGGUUCAAACAGGGCAAAGAACUUGGACGUAAACUCGUGGCCAUUUUCAACCUUUCAAAGGAGCUGUUGACACCCCAGCAACACUAUGACUGGGGACUGCGUGCCCUGAAAACUGUCCUUAGAGGGUGUGGUAACCUUCUACAAAUGCAAAAGAGGAAAGGAAGUAAAAUUGAUCCAAAGCUAGAAGCCAAACUUGUAGUACAAGCUCUCCGCAUCAACACUAUUUCCAAACUCACAUUCUCGGACUGUUCACGCUUCAAUGCCCUGGUGAGUGAUGUGUUCCCAGGGAUUGAGUUUAAGGACAUUGAGUAUGAGGAGCUCGCCCAGGCUAUCCGAUCAGUCUGUGAGGAGAAAAACCUUCGAGUCAAUGAACUGCAGAUUAAGAAGUCUCUAGAGUUGUAUGAGCAGCUUAGACAGAGAACAGGGGUGGUGGUUGUUGGACCCAGUGGCUCUGGAAAAUCCACUCUGUGGAGGAUAUUGAGACAGGGCAUGAAGAAGAUUGGUAAAAAGGUGAACAAAUACACCAUGAAUCCUAAGGCCAUGCAUCGGACACAGCUGCUUGGACAUAUUGACAUGGACACAAGAGAGUGGACAGAUGGAGUCUUAACCAACAGUGCCAGACAGGUAGUCAAGGAACCCAAAGAGGUCCAGUCCUGGAUUAUCUGUGACGGCGACAUUGAUCCUGAGUGGAUUGAGUCCUUGAAUUCUGUCCUGGACGACAACAGACUCCUCACAAUGCCCUCUGGUGAAAGAAUUCAGUUCGGUCCAAAUGUUAACUUCCUGUUUGAGACACAUGACUUGAGCUGUGCUUCCCCGGCUACGAUCUCCAGAAUGGGCAUGAUUUUCCUCAGUGAUGAAGACACCGAUGUGAAGGCACUGGUCAGUUCGUGGCUGUCCUCACAACCUGAACAUGAACAGCACAUUCUGUCUGGCUGGAUAGAGGACCAUUUCUAUAAGGCUGUGGAAUGGGUUCUUCGUGUUAAUGAUUCUGUGGUAGAGACCAGUAGGAUUGGUGUAGUCCUGAACGGUCUGUCACAUCUCCACAAUGUCAGGAACAAGGCACACUUCGCUGUCUGUCUCAUCCACGGACUUGGUGGAAAUCUCAACGAGGGUAGCAGAGAGACAUUUGCCAAGGAGGUAUUUUCCUGGACACAAGAGUCUCCACCUGACUCACGGCGUCCCCUGGAUACUUACUAUGAUGAGAAUAUGGGUCGCCUGAUGACCUACAGUAUGGAGACUUCCGGCGAUUUGUCUGCAGACAACUUUACUGUGAGUUCAUCCUCCCUACCAGUGAUACGAACUGGCGAUGUUCAGAGAGGACUUGACUACUUUAUGCCCUGGCUUCAACAGGACAACAAACAUCCAUUUAUUCUGGUGGGACCGGAGGGCUGUGGUAAAGGAAUGUUGCUGCGAUACUGCUUUGACCAGCUACGUUCAACACAAGUAGCCACUGUCCACUGCAGUGCUCAGACUAAUCCAACCCAUGUCCUACAGAAACUCAACCAAUCUUGUAUGGUUCUGAACACAAACACUGGUCGUGUGUACCGACCCAAGGAUUGUGAACGUCUCAUUCUCUACCUCAAGGAUAUCAAUCUACCUAAACCGGACAAGUGGGGCACAUGUCAACUCAUUGCCUUUCUACAACAAGUAGUGACCUACAACGGAUUCUAUGAUACUAACCAGGAGUGGGUCGGAUUAGAAGGUGUUCAGAUUGUUGCCAGUAUGAACGCUGGAACUGGACUAGGAAGGCAUCAACUGACCACAAGAUUUACCUCUGUUGUUCGGAUAUCAUGUAUUGGUUAUCCCGAUCGGGAUCAGCUACAGACCAUUUAUUCGGCGUACCUGCAGCCAAUCAUUCACAGACAGUUGGUACGCCAUCCGGUGUGGGGAAAUUCUUCCAAGGUUCACGCCUUGGCCGGCUCCAUGGUUCAGCUGUAUGAACAGUUACGAGCACGCUUUACCGUGGAUGACUAUAGUCACUACCUGUUUACCCCACGUGACCUGACAAAAUGGUGUCUCAAUUUCCUGCGCUAUGACCUCACUGCUGGAGCGAAGGAAGGAUCAAGUGACCAUGUCCUCCAUAUAUGGGCGUAUGAAGCACGUAGAUUGUUUCGUGACAGAAUUGUUGGUACCGAUGGACUGAACAAAUUUGACAGUAUUCUCAUGUCCACUAUUCGAGCAGACUGGUCUGCUAAUAUCUUUGAAGCAUUGGAAGAUGAAUUUUUCGUGACAUGGGGAGCGAGAACAGAAACUGGAGCUGCAGUUGUUGCUGCAGGAGCACCCCUCCCACCAAAUGGCAAACCACUUGGGAAGUUAGGCAUUGAUGAUCUCACAGCAGUCAUAGAACGUGGUUUGAAACUGUAUAGCAGAGAGAACAGAGAUCUAGACAUUUUAAUUUUCAAAGAAGUGUUGGAUCAUAUGGCACGAGUUGAUCGUGUGCUGACUAGUCCAGGAGGGUCUCUACUCUUGGCUGGACGGAGUGGAGUCGGGCGACGGACAGCAGUCACACUGGUUGCACACAUGCACCAAAUGUCUCUAUACUCACCAAAGGUGUCUCGUGGAUAUGCAAUGAAGCAUUUUAAGAAUGACCUGAAAACAGUGAUGCAGCAGGCUGGUAUGGAAGAUGAACAAGUUGUACUGCUGUUAGAAGACCACCAGUUUAUUGAGCCCCAGUUUCUUGAGAUGAUCAACAGUCUUUUGUCCUCUGGUGAGGUACCGGGGCUCUAUACCCCAGAGGAACUUGAACCUCUCCUCUCCCCACUCCGGGACAUGGCCUCAGAGGUCGGCUUUAGGGGCACUCUGGUCAAUUUCUUUGCCUCCAGAAUCAAAACUAACCUACAUAUAGCUCUAAUCAUGGACUGUACCAACAGUCGGUUCACACUCAACUGUGAGAGUAACCCGGCCUUCUACAAGGAGUGUGCUGUCCAGUGGAUGGAGAACUGGAGCAGAGACAGCAUGGUCAAGGUACCGUAUAUGUUGCUGACAAAACCUUCCAAGGUAGAGGGCGCCAGUAUCGGCGAGAAAAAGACACACAAACGAAAACUGUCAGGAGGCGAGGACUUACUCAAAUGUUUCCUUCAUGUCCACGAGUCAUGUGCAGCAGCAAACAUGGGAGCCACGCCGAGGCGUUACAUUUCCUUCCUUAAUACCUACCAGAAGGUGUACGGUGACAAGAAAUCAGGCAUUGAGAAAAAACAACAGCAUCUUCAGGCUGGUGUGUCUAAACUCAAUGAAGCAAAACAGUUGGUCGAUGAAUUGAAGAGGAAGGCUGCUGAACAGAGUAUACUUCUGGCUGAGAAGCAAUCAGAAGCUGACUCGGCUCUCCGAGAAAUCACUGUUAGCAUGCAGAAUGCCAGCGACCAGAAAAAUGAGAUGGAGGUACUGAAACAACAAGCUGCUGAGGAGGACAAGGUCCUACAGAAACGUAAGAAAGCUAUUGAUCUAGAGCUACAGGAGGUGGAGCCACUUGUUCAAUCUGCAAAGAAAGCUGUUGGGAACAUAAAGACAGAAUCCCUGUCCGAGAUUCGAUCCCUCAGAGCUCCCCCAGAUGUUAUUCGGGAUAUUCUGGAAGGUGUGCUUCGACUCAUGGGCAUUUUUGAUACAUCAUGGGUCAGCAUGAAAAGUUUCCUUGCAAAACGAGGAGUCAAGGAAGACAUUCAGACGUUUGAUGCUCGUAAGAUCAACCCUGAUAUAAGGAAGAGUGUGGAGGAACUCAUUAGGAAAAGCAAAGAUUCUUUUGAACCAAAGAAUGCUCGACGUGCCUCUCUAGCUGCCGAACCCCUGGCUGCAUGGGUGAAGGCGAAUGUCCAGUACUCCUAUGUACUGGAGAGGAUUGAACCACUGGAAACAGAACAGAAUGAGCUGCUCAAGAAUUUACAAAAGGCUGAGGCUCGAAUGGAGAAGCUGAAGCGAGCCCUCGAUGAGGUGGACAGUAAGGUUGCACAGCUGAGAAACAGAUUUGAGACCCUUACAAAGGAGGCUGCUGAGCUGAAGAUCAAACUGGAUAAAGAGAACGAGACAAUCCAGGCAGCAGAAACUCUUGUCACGAAACUAGAAGGAGAAUAUCAGAGAUGGAGCAGUCAGGUUGGAGAGCUUACAGCAGAGCUGAAAGAGCUACCAAAACGCACCCUAGUGGCAGCGGCCUUCAUCACCUACCUGGCUCAGGCACCAGAAGAUGUUCGUCGUAACUGUAUUAACUCCUGGCUUGAGUCAAUGGGAGUCAGUAGAUUUGAUUUCCGCCGCUUCCUCAGCACAGAAAGCGAACAGCUGAUUUGGAAAUCUGAGGGAUUGCCGUCUGACACGCUGUCCAUGGAGAAUGCACUUGUCAUCCUACAGAUGAAUGAGAUACCAGCCGGGAGUGCCCUGAGACCAUUCUUGGUUGAUCCAUCAUCAAGAGCUACAGAAUGGUUGAAAACACAUCUAAAAGAGAACCGUUUGGAAGUCAUCAACCAACAAGAUGCAAAUUUUUCAACUUCUCUGGAGCUGGCUGUUCGGUUUGGUAAAACCCUCAUCAUACAGGAGGUAGAUGGAGUGGAGCCUGUACUAUACCCAUUGCUGAGAGGCGAUCUCAUGGCUCAGGGACCAAGGUACGUUGUCCAGAUCGGAGAAAAGACAAUUGAUUACAAUGAAGAAUUCAGACUUUUCCUUACAACACGUAAUCCUUCCCCGGAGAUUCCCCCAGAUGCAUUCUCCAUCAUCACAGAAGUGAACUUCACUACCACCAGGGCUGGCCUCACAGGACAGCUGCUGGCCAACACCAUUCAGAAUGAAAAACCUGAAUUAGAAGUGAGGAAAACAGAAUUACUGAAGACUGAGGAGGAUCUCAAAAUACAACUGGCCAAACUAGAGGAGUCACUUUUAGAGGAGCUGGCAAAUGCCAAGGGUAACAUCCUUGAGAACAAGGAACUGUUGGAUUCUCUGAACAAGACUAAGGCCAGCAGUAUAACCAUCACAGACUCCCUCACCGAGUCAGUGAGACUCCAGGCCUCCCUUGACCAGGAGAGAAAUACUUACCUACCAUUGGCAGAAAAAGGCAGCACAUUAUACUUUGUUAUUAGUGACCUUGCCAAGAUCAACAACAUGUACCGCUUCAGUCUGGCAGCAUUUCUGCGACUCUUUGCUCGAGCACUCAGCUCAAAACAGGAUGGAAGUGGUACAGAUCAUCGUAUUCAGAAACUGGGUCAGCGAUUGCAACAACUUGUGUAUGAAUAUGUGUGUCGUUCCAUCUUCAAGACUGACCGUCUCAUGUUUGCCUUGCAUAUGGUUCAUGGAAUGAGACCUGACCUCUUCCAGGAAAAUGAAUGGGAGCUGUUCACCGGGAUGCUGGUGGGUGAAUCUGAUUCUCAGCGAGGACCAAGCUGGGUGGACCCAGAGCGUAUGGCCGCAAUGGCCAGUCUUAAGUCCAAUUUACCCAAACUGUAUCAGCAGUUCAACUUUGAUGAUUCAUCCAUGUGGUCAAGUUUUUCCCGGAGCAGCGAGUGUGAGACAGAGUUUCCAUCAGUGAUCGAGAAAAAGACCACUCUGUUCCAACAGCUGUUAACUGUACAGACCAUCAGGCCAGACCGACUUCAGACGGCCAUGGGAUUAUUUGCCUGUAAAGCUCUUGACAUGAAGGAACUAUCUUCACCAUCGGUAAAUCUGAAGAAGCUGUUUGAGACAGAAACAAUGGCUGAGGAACCCAUCCUUAUAGUAAUCUCCCCUGGGGCUGAUCCUUCACAGGAGCUUCAGGAGCUGGCAGCAGAGGUGAUCGGCCAUGAAAAGUAUCACCAGGUCGCCAUGGGUCAAGGUCAAGCAGACAUUGCCAUGCAGUUACUGCGGGACUGUUCUCAGAAUGGCGAGUGGUUGUGUCUCAAGAAUCUCCAUCUGGUGACAGCCUGGUUGCCACAGCUGGAAAAGGAGAUUAACACGCUGAAGCCUCAUGCUGACUUCCGUUUGUGGAUGACAGCGGAGGUUCAUCCAAAGUUCCCCACCAUCCUUCUACAGAGCAGCCUCAAGAUCACUUACGAGGCCCCACCAGGUGUAAAGAGAAACUUGUACCGUUCAUUCGAGACCUGGAGUCCGGAGUAUUUCAGUAAGACUGGCAGUGUGAUACGAUCUCAGGCUAUGUUUGCUUUGGCUUGGUUCCACGCCAUCAUGCAAGAGCGACGAGUCUUCAUCCCACAGGGUUGGACCAAGUUCUAUGAGUUUUCUCUAUCAGAUCUCAGGGCUGGAGCAGACAUCAUUGAUCGACAUUGUAAAGGGGGUCAAGAUGUCCAGUGGUCGUUCAUCCAUGGUCUUUUUGAGUUUGCAAUCUAUGGUGGUCGAGUGGACAAUACAUUUGACAUGCGAGUGAUGGUGUCAUACCUUCGACAGUUCUUUGAUGCCAACACGUUAUCACCCCAGAACAGGAACAAACGGCUAGGACCAAUACGUCUCCCUAAUUCCACCAAUAUAUCAGACUUCACGGCUGCAAUUGCAGAGCUGCCUGAGUUUGACAACCCAUCAUAUUUUGGUCUACCUGACAACAUUGACAGGUCAGCCCAGCGUAUGGUCAGCUCACAGGUCAUUUCGCAACUCAAAGUCCUCCAGCGUGCCAAUGUCAAAGCCAGCAGGUUUGACAAGGAAGUUUGGGCCAAUGAACUAAGCCCCAUCCUCAAUCUCUGGAAAACCCUUAACAAGGGUUCCCAGAUUAUCCAGAUGAGGAUAAGUCCGCCGGUGGCAAAGUCUGGACAGGAGUCUCCGAUCCUGUCAUUCAUCUUCUUGGAGCGCUAUAAUGCUGUCAAGCUCGUCCAGACGAUACAUCACUCUCUUGCUGCACUGAGCAAGGUGAUCAGGGGCACUCAGCUUCUGACCAGUGAGGUCCAAGGCCUGGCUGCAGCCCUACUCAACCAAGAGACACCUUUGAACUGGCUGUCUAAGUGGGAUGGACCUGAAGACCCUAUUGUAUACCUCCGUGGGCUUGUAGCCAGGGCAACUGCCAUUCAAAAAUGGGUUGACAAGGCAGAGAAUGGAAGCUUACUACGGGACCAAUUAGAUUUGUCAGAACUCUUCCAUCCAGAUACUUUCCUUAAUGCUCUCCGUCAACAAACAGCAAGAGAGAUGGGGUGCUCUAUGGACAGUCUGAAGUUUGCUUGUACCUGGAAGGGCUCGAUCCAGGGAGCACGAACAGUUGUCAAGUUAGGUGGACUUCAGAUCGAAGGAUGCAACUUUGAUGGGUCCAGGCUCUCAGACAACCAGCGAGACUCGCCUAGUGUAGCUGGUAUACCUCCUUGCGUGAUCGCUUGGGUACCAAAGGAUGCCCCAUCACCAUACGGCCUAGAUGAUGUGAUCACCAUUCCAAUCUACUACAGUGCUGAACGAGAUCGUAUCGUAACCAGACUUGAGGUCCCGUGUGGCGGUAACCAGAAUCACUGGCUACAGUGUGGCGCCGCCCUCUUCCUCCGCAGUCAGUGACGAAGGCUGUGAUAGCAUGAUACAAACUUUAUCUUAUUUUGGGAAAAAUAAGAUCGCUUUGUUUUGUUGAAAAUGAUGUGUUUUUUUGAGAAGAACAGUUGUGAUUUUUUUGUAAAAUUGAACCAAUAUUGUGAUUGUGAUGAAACUGACAACACAGAAUUAAGCAUGGUGGAUAUGAGACUGAAAUUAACAAAUGUUUAAUGAAAUGUAUAUUCCUUGGUACAAAAAUUUAAAGCUCAAAGUAGACUCUACACAGAAAAAAAAAUAUGCAUUGCUAAAAGAAAACCUGAAAUACCACUUACACAUUUUGUUUAUAUCAUAAGGAAAGUUGUGAACUGCAUAUCAGUCAUAGUUCAGUUAUUUAUAAAAUGUCCAAGACAUUGAUAUCAAUUUUGAUAUUUAUUUAUUUUAUUUUUUUUUUUUU